AUGCUCAGUGGAGGCCUUCGUGAGCAAGGGACUGGGCAGGGCUUGAGACACACUGCUGCUGGUGGAGGCAUCAAGGAGGUCCAUGUCAACACCAACCUGCUGAGGCCAACAAAAGUGCAAGUUGACCCUGAGUUCCAGAGAAUGCGGUCAGAUGAGAAAGAGCAGAUUAAGACACUCAACAACAAAUUCGCAUCGUUCAUUGAUAAGGUUCAAUGCCUGGAGAGGCAGAACCAGGCUCUGAUGACCAAAUGGGAACUGCUGCAGCAGCAAAGCUCGCAGCCGGAGGAGAGCAGAAGCAUCACCUCCUUCUUCCAGUCCUACAUCAAUAACCUGCAGAGGCAGCUGGACACGCUGCGGAGCCAGAAGGAGCAGCUGGAUCCAGAAGCCUAUGAAAUACUUCAGCUUGUUGAAGAUUACAAAAAGAGAUUUGAGGACGAAAUCAACAAGCACGCAUCUAAAGAAGAGGAAUAUGUGGAGCUUAAAAAGGAACUGGACAGUGCCUACAUGAGAAAAAUGGAGUUUGAAGUUCGAGUGGAAAUUCUGAAGCAGGAGCUUGAGUUCCUCAGAUGCUUAUAUGAGGCGGAGCUGUCCCAGCUGCAAACAGUAGUUGACAACACCAAUGUCAUUCUGUCCAUGAACAAUGGCAGAGAAGUGAACAUGGACAGCAUCAUUGAAGAAGUCCGGCAGGAGUAUGAGAGAAUUGCUCAGAAAGGCAAAGAUGAAGUCAAUGCCAUGUACCAAGGCAGGUACCAGGACCUUCAGAACAUGUGGGUGAAUCAGCGAGAGCAACUGAGAAGCAGUUACCAGGAAAUCCAAGAACUUACCAGGCAGAUCCAAAGAUUGCAGCCGGAAAUUGAAAUAGUCAGGAAAGAGAAUGACAGACACCAAGAGGCUAUCAGAGAUGCUGAGCAGCGUGGGAGCUCUGCAGUCAAAGACGGACAGAAAAAGCUUCAGGAGCUGGAGAACGCUUUGCAGCAGGCCAGGGAAGACCUGGGUCGAAUUCUCCAUGAUUAUCAGGAGCUUCUGAAUGCAAAAUUGGCCCUGGAUGUUGAAAUUGCCAUGUACAGGUCACUGCUUGAGGAGGAGGAGACCAGGUAG